AUGGAGAAAGGUUGCUGUGCUACAUGUCUUUAUAUGCUUGUAAUAUUAUUAACUUUUGGGGUGACAUUUACCUUCAUGUUAUUGAAAGAUUAUCAAGCAUCAGCCAUUGGAGAUCCAGGCAUGGAAACCGAUAACCUUAGAGUUGCCAUUGAGUCUUGGAAUCAAUGCAACGAGGUUGGAGAAGAAGCACCAAAUAUGGGGAGCCCAAGAAUGGCAGAUUGCGUUGAUGUUGAACACCCGACCUAUCAUCACAAGGUGCAAGAAUGGCAGAACAGACUAGGCUUAUCAAGCAAUCCACGGCGUAUGCUUCAGACACAAAGUGUAAAUGAAUAUGCAGCACAGAAGGAGCUAUACUUGGGAAGCAAAUGCGACGUUCCCGACACUCCGGGGUCAUGGCAGUUCUGGAUGAUAAUGCUCAAGAACGGAAACUUGGACACAACGGCCGCCAUGUGUCCAAAGAAUGGCUUCAAGUCGAAGCCAUUCCCGCAACCGCCAGAGUUUCCCUGCUUUGGAAAAGGGUGCAUGAACAUGCCUUCAAUGUACCACAACUAUACCAAAGGUUAUGGUGAGGAAGAGAAGAUCAUGAAGGGGGGUUUCUAUGGAUCAUGGGACUUGGAUGCUGAUGCCAAGGAAGCAUUUCAUAUGAAUGAUACAUCUUAUUACUCUGUGUCUUGGGAGAAGAAAUUGUGUGAAGGAAGCUGGGUUUUUCACAAUUUGUUGAAGACAUCUUCUAAGUAUCCAUGGCUAAUGCUAUAUUUGAGAUCAGAUGCUACAAAAGGAUUCUCUGCUGGAUACCAUUAUGAAACAAGAGGCAUGUCGGUAGUGGUACCAGAAUCACCUCAUUUUAAGGUAAAGUUCACCCUUGAUAUCAAGCAAGGAGGGGGUCCAAAGAGCCAAUUCUACCUCAUGGACAUAGGAAGUUGUUGGAAGAACAAUGGUGAGCCAUGCAAUGGGGAUGUAACCUCAGAUGUUACCAGGUAUAGCGAAAUGAUCAUAAACCCGGAAAUUGAAGCAUGGUGUAAACCCAGCCAGCUUGAACAAUGUCCUCCUUACCACACCUUUUCCAAUGGCACCCGGGUUCACCGGACCAAUGCAGCGCACUUCCCUUACGACGCUUAUCAUAUCUACCGUGCUCCAGGCAAUGCCAAGCACUUGGAGGAACCAGUGAAGACCUCUGAUCCGUAUAGCAACCCGCAGCCUCAAGAGAUUCUCCAGAUUCUGCCCCAUCCAGUUUGGGGCGAAUACGGGUAUCCGACGAAGAAAGGGGAAGGGUGGGUUGGUGAUCCAAGAACUUGGGUCCUUGACGUUGGAAGGCUCUCUCAAUCACUCUAUUUUUAUCAGGAUCCUGGAACCAAACCUGUGAAGAGAACAUGGACAUCAAUUAACAUAGGGACUGAAAUAUAUGUAAGUGAUGUUGGCCAUGUAGCAGAAUGGACAGUUAGCAACUUCGAUAUUAUUAUUCCGUAA